AUGGUAGACACGCACGACAGCAUAACGAAGUUUUGCGUCGCAGCGACAGGUACAACGAAAAAGUACCUACGCGAGCAUCCCGAAAUCUGCGUGCUCUCGGCCGAUAAAGGCAACAGGACUGUUGUCAUGAUGAGGGACGACUACGACCAAAAAAUGCGUACGUUGGUGAACGACGAUACAACAUACGAAAGAGUGCGGUCCGAUCCCACCACUAGGUAUCAAAAUGGAAAUAACUCCUUAGUCAAACGGCUCAAAGACUUGAAGCUUAUUGACUACAGAACUGCGAAGGAGCUAACCACCAAUAACGCCGUCUGCCCCAGGAUCUACGGGCAACCGAAAGCGCAUAAACAGAACCUACCGCUUCGACCUGUUAUUCCAAACGUGACAGCUCCGACAUACAAUUUAGCAAAGUACAUCGCCAACAUCCUCCAGAGCUCGAUCCACAGUCCAUACAACACGGCCAGCUCGUUUGAGUUCUGUGACGAAGUGAAUCGAAUCACACUCCCAGAAGGAUACAUAAUGAUCUCUCUGGAUGUGACAUCUCUAUUCACGAACGUACCACGGCACCUGGUCACGAGAAAUAUCAUCCAACGGUGGAAGGAGGUAAACACCCAUAUAAAUCUGGACCUGUUUUUGGAGAUAGUCGAAUAUUGCAUGGAGGCUAGCUAUUUCUGUUUCGAAGGGCAGUACUACAAACAGGUAUUUGGGACGGCCAUGGGAAGCCCGUUGUCGCCGAUCGCGGCGGAUAUUGCAUUGGAUUCCGUAAUUGCUCAAGCUAUGAGAUCUCUACCGUUCGAGAUUACGAUAUUCCGAAAAUACGUGGACGACAUAUUCAUGGCGAUACCACGGAACACCGAGCAACAAGUCCUACAGGCAUUCAAUGACGUCGAACCGAGAAUCCAGUUCACCAUCGAAACCGAGAAGGAGCAGAAGCUAGCAUUCUUGGAUUUAACGGUCAUCCGAAAUGCAGAUCAAAGCCUGACAACGGAGUGGUAUGCUAAACCUAUAGCAUCAGGGCGCCUGCUCAACUACAAGUCGUUCCAUCAAUGCAAACACAAGAUUAACGUAGCCAAAAACUUUAUUCAUAGAGUCUGGUACCUCACACGCAAUAAAUCCACUGUAGAGAUAGCUCAGAUCAUUCACCAGCAUCUCACACUGAACAACUACCCCAGGCAAUUGAUCAACCGACUACUCAACCUGUAUGGGAACAAACGACAACUAAGUUCUCUAACACAACGUCUCCCAACACUCGUAGCAGCCACCACCCCACCCAGCCGACCAUCAUGCCAGCAAUCACCCACACCACCCUCACUGAUCGAAAUCACCGAUGAUGCACCAGACAACACCCAAAGCCGACCAUCUCGCCAGCCUCCCACUCCGCCAGCCAUUCUGCCAGCCGUGCCCACACCCCCAUUCUGUACACAACCAAGCACCUCGAACCAGAUACAGCAACAACCAAGCACCUCGAACCAGAUACAGCAACAACAACCGGAAUCACCCUGCCUCCAACCUACUGCAAGUUCCAUCGACGUCAAUGAGCACCAAACAUCAGCAGAUCCAAACCGCAGCAUCAAUGAUCCCUCCAGAAGCACCGAAACCAUAACAGAACAACCUGAAACAACAAAAAUCGAUAAAAUUUAUAGAGCCAUACCAUAUAUACCUGCACUUUCUCAGCGAAUUACUAAAAUUUUGGCUAGGGACUAUUCCAAUAUAGCAAUCGCAACAAAACAGACCCGUGUGAUCAAAAAUCUUCACACACAGGUAAAGCACCCGGUAAAUAAAGAUGAUAUUAGCAAUGUCAUCUACAAAAUACCGUGCAACAACUGCGAUAGUUGCUAUAUUGGAAUGACCACAAACACUUUAAGGAAACGAUUAGCAGGCCACCGAUCCAAUAUAAACAGACUAGAAAAACUGACCAACGACAACAAUACUAACACAGAAAUAGCCAAAACAUCACUGAUAGAAACAACAACAGCACUAAUACAGCAUUGUAUAGAGACAGAUCACAGAUUCAAUCUAGAACACACACAAAUAAUAGACCAUAGCUACAGACAGUCCACACUCCCAUUUUUAGAGAUGUGUCACAUCACCAACACUAACCAUACAAUCAAUAGACGUACCGAUAUAGACAGACUCAGUACAACAUACGCAGCAGUGUUGCACGACAUUAAAAGUAGGAAUGAACGAAACGAAACCACUACGGGAGAUAGCAUAGAUGAGAGGGAAUCAAUUACUCCAAUAGGGCACAGUAACCAGUCCAUAAGUUGAGAUAAAGAAGGACUGAAAAACAGAAAGAUUGCGCCAUUGCCAGUGAAAGUUGUGCGGUGAGAAAAGUGGAAGAUUUUAAAGUCAUGUACCAUAUAUCAUCAAACCCGACAGUUACAGUUAGACCAAACAUUAGACAAAUAACGACACUAGUAUUGUAAGUAACAGAAACCAGACAUUCCACACACAAUUAAUUCGAACAAAUGUUAAAUUAAAUUUUAGUACCCCCUGAGGAAGACACCCACCAAGUGUCGAAACGUUGGGUUAAUAUAUAACGUCGUUGGUUUAAUAAAGACUGCGUAGCCGAAAAACUAUAAAUUAAACCCUACAGUCGAUCAAUUACCAGGUAUGAUUACCUCUAAACGUUCACACCAUAGAUCCUGUCCAACACACCUCCUGCAGCGCUACGAUUCCGAACCCGCGGUCCUUCAGUAUAUCGGCGAGUAUGCGGGUGCUCCCGAUGAAGUUGAGAGAUCUGCAGUUCCACGUACCGAGCUUCCAAUCGCAAGUCCCUUUUCGUCGCUG